AUGAGCCGCCUGUUUGUUGGAGGAAUACCGGCCGGCAGUAGGAUUGCCAGCGAAGUACGUAAUCGUGCCUUCGAAGGAGAUAUUGAAGAUUUGACCCUGCACGGUGAACCAGUCGGACUGUGGAAUGCGAAGAGCGGUGGUGCAGUGAGAGUUCGUGGAGCAGAGCCUCGUCCGCGCACCAAGGAACCCUCUGCACAGCCAGGAGUAUCUCUGAAUGGUGAUGGCUAUAUCGUGUACCAAAUGGGAUACUGGAAUCCUCGUAAACGCGCGGUGUUCUCCUUGUCGUUCCUCACCUUCUCACCAGACGGCUUGCUAUUCUUCAUAGGAAAAGAUGUUGCUGAGGGCGAUGCUCCAGGUGAAAUGUCGACGCUGAGCGUCACUGACUACUUGUACCUUGGAGGAACACCGGCUGGUGUCAAUACCCGCUCUCCUAUCGAACCAUUCCGUGGCUGCAUCAAGUCGGUUCGUCUGGGCUCCGAUGAAAUGGAUUUGUAUGCAAGUUACGCUAGUAAAGGCGUAAGGAACGCAUGCCCUCUUGGAACUGUGAACACGGUAUCAAUUCUAUCUGAUCGAUCGACGGCAGUAUUCGAGAACAUCACAGUUGCGGAUGAAAUGGAUGUAUCGUUACGCUUCAAAACUCGUCGCUCUUCUGGCACACUGUUGACUAUACAGUCGGAUGAGGAUGACUUACUGGCGUUGAAGAUUGAAGACGGUGUUUUGGUGGCAAUGGCUGGCGACGAUAAGGUUUCCUUGGAGUUGGCCUCAGCCGCCGACGAGCAGUGGCACUAUGUGUCCGUACGCAAGACCAAGGAGAUUCUCCGUGUAGACGUGGACGAUUUGCAUUCAAAGGAAGAACGCCGAACUAAUGGAGACGAUGCUGUAGGUCUACUGUACCCUACUGUGAAUGUGGCAUGUGUAGCGCACUAUUAG